CUUUCAAUCUCAGGAAACUAAAACCCCACUUCUCUUCUUCAUACAUCUCACCUUAAUUCCAUUUUCAAAUUUCCACCAAAAUGAGCUCUCAGAGAUCUGCCAAACCCUCCAAACCCCCCAACCAAACCCCCUCCAGAUCCCCCUCCUCCUCUCUCUCCUCGCACCUCGCAAUGGUGGAGCUCAAGCAGCGCAUUCUCACUUCCCUCUCCAAGCUCGCCGACCGCGACACUCACCAGAUCGCCGUCGAGGACCUCGAGAAGAUCAUCCACUCCCUCUCCAACGACGGCCUCUCCAUGCUCCUCAACUGCCUCUACGACGCCGUCAACGACCCCAAGCCGCCCUCCAAGAAGGAGGGCGUCCGCCUCCUCGCCGUGCUCUGCGCCGCCCACACCGACGCCGCCGCCACUCACCUCACCAAGAUCAUCGCUCACAUUGUCAAGCGCCUCAAGGACUCCGAUUCGCAGGUCAGGGACGCCUGCCGCGACGCCAUCGGCGCGCUCUCGGCCCUCUACUUGAAGGGCGGCACCGGAGGGGACGGCGUCGUCUCGCUCUUCAUGAAGCCGUUGUUUGAGGUGAUGAGUGAGAACAACAAGGCGGCGCAGGGUGGGGCUGCAUUGUGUCUGGCUAAGAUGCUUGACUGCGCAUCUGAUCCGCCUUUGGGUACUUUUCAGAAGCUCUGCGUUAGGGUGUGUAAGUAUUUGAAUAGCCCUAAUUUCCUGGCCAAGGCGUCGCUGUUGCAGGUUGUGUCGAGCUUGUCACAGGUAGGAGCAAUCACCCCUCAAAAUUUGGAAUCAUUGCUUCAAAGUAUUCAAGGAUGUCUUAACAGUUCGGAUUGGGCGACUAGGAAAGCUGCGGCCGAGACAUUAAGUGUCUUGUCUUCGAACAAAAAUGUAGUAGCAGAAGGAGCUGCUUCAACAUUGAAUGCACUUGAGGCUUGUCGGUUUGACAAGAUAAAACCUGUUAGAGAGAGUAUGAACGAGGCCUUACAGCUAUGGAAGAAAAUUGCUGGAAAAGGAGAUGGGUCUUCUGAUGAAACAAAAGCUUCAUCUAAUGAUGAUGAAGCAUCAGAAAAUGCUGAUCAAUUGGAUAAAAAAGAUUUUGGUGAAAGAGAAAAUGCAAAAUCGCUGAAGGACGCAUCCUCUGGAUCGUCUCCAGCUGAUCCGAAUCAAAAAGGCAAGGGAAACAACAUUCUGGACAAGGCUGUUGGAAUAUUGAAGAAGAAGGCUUUAACUGAGAAGGAACUGAACCCUGAGUUCUUCCAAAAACUAGAAACAAGAGAUUCAGAUGAUUUGCCGGUUGAAGUGAUUCUUCCUCGUAGAUGCACCAACCCUUCAAAUUCAAAAAAUGAGGAAGAGCCAGAAUCAAGCUCAGAUCAAGAGGGGAGGACUAGGCAUAACUACCAAGCUGGUGAUGCACCCUUCAAAGGAAACUAUGAAAUCACUGAGGGAGGAGCUGUUGGUGAUCAGCGGGACUAUAAUCAGAUUGAAUCCUCCAGUGCUUAUUCAGAACUUUCCAGAUCUGCAGGUCAAUCUGAGGGAUUUAUGAACAACAAAGGAAAUUGGCUGGCUAUUCAAAGACAGUUAUUACUGCUGGAGAGGCAACAAGGUCAUCUCAUGAAUAUGUUGCAGGAUUUUAUGGGCGGGUCACAUGACAGCAUGGUUACUCUAGAAAACCGAGUGCGGGGGCUUGAGAGAGUUGUAGAAGACAUGGCACGGGAUUUAUCAAUAUCAUCAUCAGGUAGGAGGGGUAGCAGUAGCAUGGGUGGAUAUGAAGGAUCUUCAAACAGGUCUCUCAGCAAGUACAACGGCUUCCCUGACUAUUCUGGUGGCAAGUCAGGAAGAGGAAGCGAUGGACGCUUUCACUUUGGGGAGAGGUUUAAUGCAUUUGAUGGUGGUGCCUUGGGAAUGAAAUCUAGGGGCCCCUCCUGGCGAUCCGAUGCAUCAGAUGCUUGGGACUUUCAUUCAUAUGGUAAAAAUGGACAUAUGGGCUCAAGGAGAGCUGGUGGUCCUAUGGAUAUUAGAUCUGGAAAAUCAGAAAAUGAGGCUGAUCAAGGUGGUAACAGAAGAGCCUGGGAGAAGGGAGCUGCACCUGUUAGGUUUGGUGAAGGACCAUCUGCAAGGAGUGUCUGGCAAGCUUCCAAGGAUGAAGCAACCUUGGAAGCUAUACGAGUUGCUGGCGAAGAUAAUGGAGUCAGUCGGGGUGCUCGAGUUGCUAUCCCUGAGAUGACUGCUGAAGCAUUAGGAGACGAUGGAGCUGUACAAGACCGUGACCCGGUUUGGACUUCUUGGAGCAACGCAAUGGAUGCACUUCAUGCCGGUGAUGUGGAUGCUGCUUUCGCUGAAGUUUUGUCCACUGGGGAUGAUGUCUUGCUAGUAAAGCUCAUGGAUAGAUCUGGACCCGUUAUAGAUCAACUAUCAAAUGAAGUAGCAAGUGAAGUUCUGAAUGCUAUUUCACAGUUGAUCAUAGAGCCAAACUUGUACGACAUCUGUUUAUAUUGGGUUCAACAGUUGGCAGAUAUCGUUAUGGAGAACGGCCCUGAUGUUCUGGGCACUCCAAUGGAGGUGAAAAGGGAGAUUUUGCUGAAUUUACACGAAGCUUCUUCGACAAUAGAGCUACCUGAUGACUGGGAAAGAUCAGCUCCGGACCAACUGUUGCUUCAGUUGGCAACUGCCUGGGAUAUCGAUCUGCAACAUUUCGGGAAAUAACUUCUCCUCACCAAUAAUUUUUGGCUUGAUAUUUGCUUUUGAAGGUCCAAUACUGUCUAUCAGAACAUGCAUUGGUGUGAUCCUCGAAUGAUUUAAGUACUCAAUACAAAUGAGAAAGAAGUGAUUGGUGGAGUAGAAAUUUUACAUUCUCUGCAUGUGCAUUGUGUUAGUAAUUUAGAUCAGCAGGUUGUGAAUUGUGUAUGUUACUUUGAAAUAUUUGAAGAUCUUUUGCUAUAGUAUUUUCUUUAGUGAGACAUUCAAUGAAGUGUAUGAUUUAUUCA